AUGUCUAUAGCUGGCAGAGAGCUAGAUGAUACUUUUUGUUACAUCUGUCAGGAUCAUUUGACAGACCCAGUGACUAUAGAGUGUGGGCACAACUUCUGCCAGGGCUGCAUUAGCCAGCGCUGUGAGGGAGUGGAGACAGCCGCCUGUCCUCAGUGUGGAGAAACGUUCCAGAAAAAAGCCUUCAGGCCCAACACGCUUCUGGGCAGCAUAAUACAGUCCAUCAAACAAUGGGGCUUAAAGCCAGGACAAAGGGGAAGGGAAGGGAACGUCUGUGAGGAACAUGGCAAAGAGCUCACAUGGUUCUGUAAGAAGGAUGUCAAAGCCCUUUGUGAGGAUUGCAAAGGAUCCCCGGCUCACAGCUCUCACACUGUGAUUCCCAUGGGAAAGGCUGCCCACGAGUCCAAGAGCACGACAAUCCCCGUGGACCUGCUACCCCGGCCGGAGCCCAGCAACCCCGUGGCCCCACUCCCCUGGCUGGAGCCCAGCAACCCCGCGGCCCCGCUCCCUUGGCCGGAGCGCCGGCUGGAGCGCUGCAAGUCCCGCGGCCACGAUUCCCCAGUCAGAGCGCUGGCCGGAGCGCCCGGCGCUGCCCGUCUUCUCUUUAGGAGUGAAAAUGUGAAUGUUCAGGAACAGGAAGCCAUUUCUACUCAACUGCAGGAGCUCAGAGGGUGGAGACGUGCCCAGAUCUAUGCAGUGGACGUGACUCUGGAUCCAGAUACAGCAAAUCCCUGGCUCGUCCUGUCUGAGGAUCGGAAACGUGUGCGAUUCGGAGACACACAACAGGAUCUGCCCAACAACCCUGAGAGAUUUGAUACAUACCCUGAAGUUCUGGGUGCUGAGGGGUUCACGGGCGGGAGGCGUUACUGGGAGGUGGAGGUGGGAGACAAGACUAGAUGGACUCUGGGGGUUUGUAGGGAAUCUGUGAACAGGAAGGGGGAAAGCUCAUAUUCACCUGGGAAUGGAUUCUGGGCCAUGUGGCUGAGGAAAGGGGAAUACAAGGCCUUCACCUCCCCCCCGACCCUCCUCCCCGUGAGCGUCAGGCCCAGCCGGGUGGGGAUUUUCCUGGACUAUGAAGCGGGCGAGGUCUCAUUUUACAAUGUGACUGACAGGUCCCAUCUCUUCACUUUCACCAAUACCUUCUCCGGGACGCUCCGCCCUUUCUUCUGUCCUGGUGUCAGCGCUGGGGGUACAAAUGUGGCGCCCCUGAUAAUCUGCCCGGUCCCAGCUCAGGCCGGAGGGAAUCUCGGUCCUUGA